AUGGCCGAAGACAAUCCGAUUGGCAUUCUUCGAAUUACGGUCAAGAGAGGUAUCGGUCUCGCCAUUCGUGAUAUGAAAACGAGUGAUCCUUAUGCCGUCAUCAAGAUGGGUAAACAGAAAUGGAAGACUCGUGUUAUCGAGAACGAUGUCUAUCCCGAAUGGAACGAAGAAUUUAGUAUUCCCAUUCACGAUCCAGAUGUUCUGAUUAAGCUGACAGUGUACGACCAUGACAACUUUACCUUGGAUGACAAAAUGGGAGAUGUAGAAUUAGACAUCAAACAGUUUAUCCACGUUUCGCAGACCCAACUUCGGAAAAACCUUCCGAGUGGCACCAUUCUAAAGAAAAUACCACCCGGCCGAGCAAAUUGUUUGUCGGAAGAAAGCCAUAUAACGUGGGAAAACGGAAAGGUCAUUCAACGUAUGUUUCUCAGAUUGCAAAAUGUCGAAUGUGGCGAAGUCGAACUCGAAUUUAACGGCUUCGAUGAACCUGGGGCCAGCAGCACUUAA